GAAGGUGCGAAAGCAAGGAACGUGUGCGCGCGCGCUCCUUUCCCCUCUCGCUGUGUUUGUUGUGUGCAUGUGUGUGUUUGUGUGUGUGUGAGAGAGAGACAGGGAGAGCAGGAAGCCAAGAGCGAGAAGAUCCUGGUGGCUCCCGGGCGUGCCGGCGAAACAUUUUUCCAGGGAGCACGCACCGAACCGGGUCGCAACUUCAAACCACAAAGAAGUCGCGCUCGUGCGCUUUGUUAACGACUCCCCCGCUCCAUGAUCCCAUGUCGCUGCUAUCCUAACAGCCCCGCGUGUGACUCCCGAAGGCUGUGGGCUCCGCUGCGCCCGGAAUUCUCAAUGAUGACCCGGCACCGGACAUGAAGGUGGCCUGGACCGGGCAGGGAAGGUGGAAUGUCGAACUUCCACCGGGGGAGGUUGCAGACUUGUCCCAGUUCUCCACGGGACUCGUGGAUUCGAUCCCUGAAAGGAACCUCCUCUACGAGCUUUGGAAAAAAAUGCACUUGUUCCGUAGCUACAGCUAUCGGAUCCAGCUGGAGGGGCAGCUGAACAAUGCCCCAAGGAUCCAGGGCAUCCGAUGGACUCCUCUUCCAGAGAGUGAAUCAACUCUGGUGCCUGGACACAAUCUAAAGCAGGCUUCCUCCAACAAAAUCCGGAGAGCAGGGAGGCUCCUCUGCGCACACUUGGUAGUCAUGUAUCCAGAUUUAAUCCGCGAUCAUAAGCAUCACCUCCGGCUUCACAGGCAGUGUUGUUCUGGGAAGGAGCUGGUAGACGCACUUCUUAGCGCAGGACUUUCGGUGCAGACCCGCAGCCAGGCCCUUGGGCUUUGUCAAGUGUUGAUGGAUGAAGGAGUACUGACUCAUGUACGACAGGAGAGCUACUUUCAAGAUCGAGAUGCUCAGUUCUUCCGAUUCGUGGCCUUGGAACCAAGUGCUGAAGACAGGGAUGGAGAGGACCUACUGGAGGCGUUGGCAUUGCUGACCCAGCUGGGCCCAACUGCAUUGCUCACCACCAUCCUACGCAAACCUCCUAACCAACGCACAGAUGAGGAACUUGCACUGAUCUUUGAGGAAUUACUGCAUGUCAAAGCGGUAGCCCAUCUCUCCAGUUCGGUAAGGAGAGAGUUGGCUGCUGUACUGCUUUUUGAGUCCCAUGCCAAGGCUGGAACUGUGUUGUUCAGCCAAGGGGACAAGGGCACGUCCUGGUACAUCAUUUGGAAGGGAUCAGUCAAUGUUGUUACACAUGAUAAGGGCUUAGUGUGCACCCUACAUGAAGGUGAUGACUUUGGCCAGCUGGCACUCGUGAACGAUGCCCCCCGUGCUGCCACCAUCAUCCUUCGUGAAGACAGUUGCCACUUCUUGCGAGUGGACAAAAGGGAUUUCAACCGGAUUCUCAAGGAUGUUGAAGCUAAUACCCUACGGCUGAAGGAACAUGGGAAAGUGGUGCUUGUUUUAGAGAAGAAUUCACAAGGCAGUAAUUCCAGUCACCUUGCCGGGACUCUGGGGAGCAGUAGAUAUUCAGUGAUUGCUGGAACCCCUGAAAAAAUACUCGAUUACCUAUUGGAAACCAUGCGUUCAGACUCUACCCUUUCUGAUCCUGUUGAUACAUUUCUGGGAGAUUUCCUCCUGACGUACAGUGUGUUCAUGCCGACACCACAGCUGUGCCGAACCCUGCUCCAACACUUCCAUUCGGAACCUUCCGAAGGCUCAGAGCAGGACAAAGCUGCUUAUAUCCUAAGGAAAAGGCAAAAGAUUCUGUGGCUGGUCAACCGGUGGGUGUCCCUGUAUGGACGGCUGCUGCAAGCAGAGGCCUGUGCUGUGGCCUUUUUGCAGAACAUGUCAGAAUGUGCAACUCAAGAUGCUCGCUUGGGCCCCCUGCUUCGAGAACAAAUGCAGGAUCGCCGGAGAAAUAGAGUCAUAGAAAAUGGCAACAACUGUGCAUCCCCAAAGCUACAGGUCAGGAAUGCUGUGAACUGGUUUGCCGUCCAAGAAGAACCUUUUCUGAACAGCAGUUACACCAUCAGAAUGAAGGACAAAGUGUCAUAUGACAUAUACAGGCCCGACUAUUCCUGCCUUACCAGACUGUUACAGGUGAAUGCCUCAGUUCAGGAAAUCGUUGCAUCAUUAGUAGACUGCCAGGACUGGAACAAAGACUGGAUCCUAGUCAAGGUCAAUUCAGCAGGAGAUAAAGUCGUAUUGCCCAUGGAAGCUUUUGGUGUGUUUACAUCCUUGGGGUUGAAUGAGAGACUUUUUGCUGUCAGUGUGCAAGAGCUUCACAACGUGGCACCUCACCCUGAACAGCUCGGCCCCAGAAGUGGUUCCUGGGAAAGUUUGGAUUUCAUUAGUUCAAAGGACCUGGCUAAUCAGUUAACCGAGCAUGACUGGAACCUCUUCAAAAGCAUCCAUCAGGUGGAGUUGAUUUACUACGUGGUUGGGCCACAGAAAUUUCCCAGUGCAACCACAGCCAAUGUGGAGCGUUUCCUGCGUCGUUUCAAUGAGCUGCAGUUCUGGAUCACCACUGAGCUCUGCCUUUGUCCUGAUGCUAUCAAAAGAGCCCAGCUGCUCCGUAAAUUCAUCAAGCUGGCUGCACACCUAAAAGACCAAAGAAACCUGAAUUCCUUCUUUGCCGUGAUGUUUGGCCUGAGCCACUCUGCCAUCAGCCGCCUUUCUAGGACUUGGGAGAAACUUCCGCACAAAACGAGAAAGCUAUACGGCACUAUGGAACGGAUGUUGGAUCCUUCUUGGAAUCACCGUGUUUAUAGACUGGCUGCGGCUAAGCUGUCUCCACCUAUGAUCCCUUUUAUGCCCCUCCUUCUUAAAGAUAUGACUUUCAUUCACGAGGGCAACCGUACCUUGGUGGAGAACCUUGUCAACUUUGAGAAGCUGCGUAUGAUGGCCAAAGCUGUUCACCUUGUACAUCACUGUCAGAGUCAUCCCAACCUUCCCCUCUCUCCCUUGCGGAGUCGCCCCCAGUACCUCUUGGAAGAAGCUCGGGCAAUGCGUGCCUCAACCUGCUCAGAACAAUCCCUUAGCAUUCGAAGUCCAGCUGCAACUUGGGCCCAUAUCCAGCCCUUGAGAGUGAUUGACAGACAGAAGGAACUUUUGCGGCUCUCACGACUCCUUGAAUCUUGAUGCUAGAAGAUUUGCCCAAGCAAGGACAGAAACAAGGCCAAGGACUGUUUGGGAAGGCACCUCCUUGUAUGGGUUAGGCCAACGCCCCUUGCAUUUGGCCAGAGGAAGAUCUCAAACAGAUGAGAAAGCUCCUCAUAUUCUUGGUGGCACAUUUGAUCUGUCCUGAUGAUUGAAAAAUAGGUGGCAUCUCUGGAAAUCUUAAGGAACGACGGGUCACCUGCCUCAGGUUUUACAAGCUGCAAAAUUUAUGGUGUGAAAAAAAGAUGGAUUCAUAGAACACUUUGAGCUGUCUUACUGGGAAAGGAGCAAAAGCAGUUUACCAGCGUUCAAAAAUGUGUUUUUUUUAAACAAAAGAAGGAAAGAAAAAGAAAAAUGGGAAGGUUUGCUUUGGUGUGUCUGAUGAAUUGUUGCUUUCUGAACUUCCCUCUCUUCUGCCAGAUUUAAAUAAGAUUCUUUAAAACAUUUGAAGGGAGCUACUUCCUUCCCUCCAGUUGAAUCGAUUGGACUAAGCAGCAGAACGUACUGAUGUAUUUAUUUAUUCAUUAAAUGUAUAUCUUGCUUUUCCUCCUGGAGCUCAAGCAGAGCACACAGCAUUCCCCACUCCAAAUUUUUCCUCGCUGGUGAAGUAAGCUGGACUGGUGUGGAGAUAGUGGCUGGCCUAGCAGCUUCUAUGGCAUAGGAUGGACUCAGAACUGGAUAUUUCUGCAACUAGUCUAUAGAGCCUUCGCUUCAAUGAGGCAUCGUAUCUCUUGUAUGUAAUGUCAGUAGGCAGUUUGCUAGAAAUGGGAUGCACUAGAAGGUUUCAGGAGAUACUGGAGUGCUGCUUAAGAGUGCAUACAAGCUGCCUUUCAUGAUAAUAGCAGCUUUGCCCAUAAAAAAUUACAAAGGUGCAAGCAUCUUCUGUCGCAGCAACAGGAAGGUGUGCAGGAAUGACCUGAUCCAAGGAUUUGUGUGCCUUCCUUCCUUCCUUCCUUCCUUCCUUAUAUUGUCAUGGAGGCAAUAGCAAGGCUGGUUGAAGAGGGCUGUAAAAUCUGGAGCUCCCACCCCCCAGAUGGGGAGCUUCUAAGCAGAUGACAGGCUGAAGUAGAUUAGGGGCGUGCGAGGGUCCAAGCAUCAAGAAGUGGUGGCUGCCCACUUCUGUUUCUCCAUCCACAAAGUGAGGGCUUCAGUUUUUCUGAAAUGGACAAGGUGUGUGGCAGGCAAGUCCACCCUUGGGGUAAUGUGACUUUCUGUCCAUCAAUCAGCUCAAGGCUUUCAGUUGGGGCAGCUUUCCCCUUGAAUCAUGAGACCACGAGUUAAUAUAAAAGACUUUUCAGGGUACCAGAUCUUCUCAUAGGGCCAUGGAACUCUAGAUUAACCAACUGUUAAACUGCAUCUCUGAGCAUUGCACAUGAUUGGAGAGGAGAAAAAAGACUAAGGAAAGGGAUUUUUGAUUGGGCAAUUCUACCUUUUAUCGCAUGCAAUUCUGUAUUAGAGCAGGCAGGGGGUGCUAGUCAUGAUGCUGGUGGCAAUUGGGGAGGCGUGGGAAGCCAGAGGUUCAAACAACUCCAUAUGAACCAAUGGACACUGGGCCCACAAUCUUUCUCCUAACAAGGGUUUCAUUGUAUGGUGAUUUUUGUAAACAAUAUGUUUUCUAUGUUAUCCUUUAUUUUUUUAUUCUGAUUUUGUAAUUAUUCAAUUUCGAAUAUACAACUUUAAACAUACUGGUUUGUACGAAUCCACUGUCUCGCUUAGUCUUGGACUAAGGGUAGGAGUUUCUAACCUAGUACUGCAUUGAACCUGCAGAUCCUUUAGGUCCACCAAAAGCAAGAAGAAAUAGUUUAGGUUCUCCCUAAUCUUCAA